GAAGCAGAUUCACGGCUGGCAGGAGUUUGCCCUGGAGGAGGGGGUGCGGUUUGACGACCCUGAUGAGGCCUUCUUCGUCGGGCAUACGCAGCACGCCUUCCGCGAUGCCUUUGCGGCCAACUGGAGCAAUUUCCUUCGGCAGGAGUUGGCGGGGCUGUGGCCGGCAACGUCUGCCUUGCGGUAUCAGGUGGAGCUGGACGGCAGCAGUAGCCCCGCGGCGCGGGCGGACGCUCUUCGUUUGGCAGAAGCCGCACGGCAGCUGGCCCGGGAUGCACUGGCCACCAUCGCGGGCGUGCUGCACGACUGCGGCGGCCGUGAUCCGCCCAUGGCCGGGGCGGUACCUGAGAGCGGCAACACCGCGGCAUGGGUGGAUCUGCAGCUGAAG